AUGAUAAAGCCUCCAGAUGAGGCUCCAUCGGAAUCCUUGGGACCUGAAAGCACAGCCAAGUCCUCAAAUAACAGCCACACAGAUCGCCAGGAGGACAACUGGCAGAACCUGGACAAAGAAGAGGCAGAUAACCAGAAUGAUCACAGCACAGCUAACCAGGUUGACGGAAGAGUGUCCAGUGAGGCUGUACCCAACAUAUUUGGCCAAACCGACCACAAAUUACCUGAACACAUUGCUCACAGAACAUCUGAUGAGACUGACCUCCAACCAUCCCACCAUGAUGAUGUUGCUGAUCAUAGAACUGCUGAUUGGGUUGACCAAACAAUGUCUGAACAGAUGGACAACAAGUCAUCUCACCAAGCUGAUCAUGUAGAGUCUGAACAGACUGACAGCCAGAUGCCUGUCCUAUACAAACAAAGAACUUCUGAACACAGAUUGUCUAACCAGGAUGAAAGAGCUUCUGUGCAGUUUGAGCGCAGGAUGUCCAGCCCCGCUGAGAGCAGAGCUUAUAAACAGAAUGACGAUAGACUGUCUAUGUCCUUUAACCGAAGAGCCUCUGAACAGACUGACUACAGAAUACCUGGCCAGGCUCAAGGAAGAACUUCUAAACAGAUUGACAGCACAUUUUCCAGCCUGAUUGAACAAAAAACGUAUGAACAACUUUUCAACCAUAGAUUAUCUGAUCAAACUGGUUACAAAACACUAGCAAAGACUCAUCACAUAGUGCAUGACCAAGCUUCUGAACAAGCGGAACACCAGGCUGCUGACCAAACUGACAGCAGUGCCCAUCAGCUUACAGUUGAGUACAGUGAAUCUGACCAGGCUGACCACUUAAUGUACAACAAGGCUUAUGACACAAAAGACCACUGGUUUGAUUAUGGAGAACGUGAUCAGUAUGGUGGCAGAACAUUUACCAGCAAGGAGGAUAGAAAUGCUGACUUCAGAAUACAACCCUGCAAAUUUGAAGUUAGCCAAACAGACCUCAACAAUUCCAAGGUUGCGAGUACAACUGACAAUGAAAGUGGAAACUUUCUGCAAGCAUUGAAUUCAUUGGAUACCAAAUUCAUAAGUAAUUUCCAAGCACCAGACCUAGAUGUUUCUCCAAGAUUCCCUUCCAUAUCAACAAACUUGGACUAUAUCAUCAAUCAAGAAAAAAUUCAAGUCACAGAAACCAAGCCUGAUGAUAUUUCAGAAUACCAAGAAGGAGAGAGUUCUCAUGCACACAACGAAACUUAUAGGAGACGAUUCCCUUCUAUAGUAUAUCAAGAUCCUUAUCAAAUUUCACUACAAUACAUGGAAAAACACCACAUUCUGCAAAUAUUCCAGCAGAUCACUGAAAACUUAGUCUAUGAAAGGCCAGAGGACCCCCUGAGUUUUAUGCUGUUUCAGAUCUCUUGCCCCUUAUUAUUCGUCUAUGGACCCCCUCAGUGUGAGCAUUACUUUGGUAAUGACCAUCCCCAUAAAUGUAGCGUACGCCAGUUAUGA